CUUCCGACCAUUACUCCACAAACACUUUACGAGGAUAUACUUCCGGACAACCUCACCAUGUCAGGAGCAGCUCCUCCAGCUGCGCGUGCGCAAGCACAAGAAGGUGGAAUGGGUCCCAUGGUCAAAUCCGCCGUGCAAGGGCUCGCCAUCUUCUUCGGCAUGCAAUUCGUGAUGGGCAAAGUAAUGGGACCAAAGGCUCCAGCAGCAGUAACAACAACCGAUGCCUCCGGCGCAACCAUCACUGUUCCAGCCAACACGGCUGCAAUCCCACCCUUCAACGACCGUCCCAAUACUCUCGAUGAAGGUGCCAUCUACAAUCCUAUUGCGCAGCGUAUAGCUCCCAUGUGGCCUCUCAACAGCCCUCUCGAUAUUACCGUUGUCAUCUCUCCAACAUUUGUCGCAGAGCCAAUUUCGAAAGCUCCGCUGGAACGGAUCGUGGUUAACGAGAAGGGAUUUGUGCUGGGAAGCUUUGAGGAGAAUCGCGUUAUCGAUACGAGCUUUGCGGUACCGCAUGAGGUGCAGAAUAAUGGGACUCUGUGGGCACACUUCUAUGUUGCAUUGGAGGGAGCAAAUCUGGACCCUGUUGUUCAAGGAUAUGACCCCACUAAGGCGUACCAUUUCACUCGACCUUUGACCCAGUAUAUUCCACAGAAGAAGGUGAAGAAGGUCAAGAAUCUUUUGGCUGCUGAGGAGACAGAAGAGGAGGAGGAAGAGCUUCCAACUGGUCCAAUCAUCAACUCGCAUUACCACCCCAACUUCACACUCUCCUUCAUUCCAGAUUCCGGAGUCAUGCAUUACCCUACUAUGAACCCAGCUGUCCGCCAAUACGUUCAACUUGAAGCUUCCGGGGCUAGAGAUGGGUCUGGACAAAAUGGCUGGUACUACCCUGUACUCUUUGUCAAUACAUUCUGGCAGCUCAGAACACACAUGAUGCCAGUCAACUCGACCGUCAAGAGACUUCCAAUCCAUAUAGAUCUCAACCAUCAAUCCAAUUGGAAGUUCAGUCUUAUUGCUGGUGUUGAUGAAGGUGUCAAGCAGACUGCUAGAAAUGCUGCAGCCGGCCAAACCAUGGGCGGUGACGGAAGUGAGUUUGAGAUGAUCAAAGAAGUCCUCCUGGAUACCAACAUCUAUCUGCUUGCUACAACCGUCAUUGUCAGUGUCUUCCACAUGAUCUUCGAAAUGUUGGCUUUCAAAUCCGAUAUCUCUCAUUACCGAAACAAGAAAAACAAUGUCGGUAUUUCUGUCCGAUCGAUUCUCGGAAAUGUCUUCAUGCAAGCCGUCAUCUUCCUCUACUUAUUAGACAACAACGACAAUACCAGCUGGAUGAUUCUCUUCUCCCAAGGAAUGGGCAUCGUCCUCGAAUUCUGGAAAAUCACCACCGUCGUCAAUGUCCGCGUCCGCCCCGCUCCAGACUCCAUCAUCCCCUACCGCAUCGCCUUCGAAGAUAAACACGAGCUCUCCGAGACCGAAGAGAAAACUAAAGAAUAUGACGCAGUUGCCUUCAAAUACCUCUACAUGAUCGCCGUCCCCUUGCUCCUCGCUUACGCUGCCUACUCGCUCAAAUACGACAGCCACAAAUCCUGGUACUCAUUUGUCAUCACCACCCUCGUCGGGUCCGUCUACGCCUACGGAUUCCUCAUGAUGGUCCCAUCCCUGUACAUCAACUACCGCCUCAAAUCCGUCGCGCACAUGCCCGCCAAGGCAAUGACGUAUAAAUUCCUCAACACAUUCAUCGACGAUCUUUUCGCAUUUACCAUCAAGAUGCCAACCCUGCAUCGACUCGCCACCCUUAGAGACGACGUCAUUUUCUUUGUUUAUCUUUAUCAGAGUUAUAAGUAUAAGGUUGAUUAUACGCGUGUCAAUGAGUUUGGGCAGGGUGGUGAUGAGGAGGAGUUGGAGGCUAAGAUGGCGGCUAAGAUGGCGGCUAAGCCGUUGAGUGCGCCUGCUGGGGCGGAUGCUAGUGUCGAUGUUGGUAAGGAGGGGGCGAGGAAGGCGGAUGAGGCUGUUAGUGAGGUUGCGGCGAAGGUUUCGGGGAGUAGUGCGAAGGGGGGAAAGGCGAGUAAGAGGAAGUGAGGGAAGAAUAGGGAAGUGAGGCUGAGAUAGGGGAUUUGUAUGAUAGGAUAGGAUAUGAUAUAUAAGGGGAAAUUGAAACGAACCUGGAGUUUUUCCUAUACAUAUAUAAACCUGAAUACUCGCCGCAAUCGCGUUAAAGUCUCCUUAGAAUCACCUCAAGACCUCUAAAAAGGCAUCUGGCUAUUCUAAACAAACUGAUUACUUACUCCAAAUCCACACAUGAGAUCUAUAAAACUCAGCGCAUCCUUUUACAUUUCAACUUUCAACUUUUGACAUGUGAGCCUUGCCUUAGCGUAAGUGUAGUCUGAAAUGGUAGGGGUAAAAGCAAAUGGUGC